AUGUCGAAUUUAUUUGAUUUCGAUCCUCGUGAAGACGACGAGGAAGAAAGUGAUUUUGAUCCAUUUGAAACUAGUACUGAAGACGAAGAAUAUUUACCAGAACCGAGUGAAAAUGAUGAAAGUAGUGAAUACGAGUCAGACGACGAUGUUGUAGAUAAUGAACCACAGCAACAUGAAACUACUUGUUCUGAACCGAAGGAGUUUGUGUUAUCGAAAGAUGGAAAAUAUUGUUAUUAUUUCGAGCCGCCGCCACAAUUGCCGAAUAGAUCUAAUGCUUCACUUGCUCUACAUGAAACACCUGGUCCAACUUUGUUUGCGUCGUCACGAUGUACUGAUAUUUUGUCGUCUUUUCUAUUAUUCAUGGAACCAAUCGAAAAGACAAUAGUUGAAAUGACAAAUUUAUAUGGAUCUCGAAAAUACAAGGAACUUUGGUUACCAGUUGAUAUUGCUUCUUUGCGCGCCUAUUAUGGUUUGCUAAUAUUAGCUGGCGUGUACAGAUCGCAUGGGCAAUGUAUAAAUGAAUUGUGGGAUGACCAAACAGGACCACCAAUCUUCCGCGCCACAAUGACUUUGAAAAAAUUCAAACUAAUAAAUGAAUGCAUUCGUUUCGAUGACAAAGAACAGAGAAAGGGAAUUCGAUCAAGAGAUAAAUUGGCACCAAUACGAAACGUUUACGACAAAUGGGUGAAUCGAUUGAAAAUGUGUUACACUGUUGGAAAAAACGUUACAGUAGAUGAACAACUUGUACCAUUUCGCGGUCGCUGCCCAUUUACACAAUAUAUACCAUCAAAACCGCAUAAAUACGGUAUCAAAAUAUGGCGUUUGUGCGAUGCAAGUACAUAUUAUGCUUGGAAUCUUGAAGUAUAUACGGGUCGCGAUCGAAAUUGUAAAGCAGAAGUAAAUCAAGGCCAAAGAGUUGUUCUAACUCUAAGCAAUCAACUGAGUUGUCGUAACAUCACAACAGAUAAUUUUUUUAAUUCACGCACAAUGGUCUCUUACGUACCAAAAAAGAAUCGUUUUGUCACUCUAUUUAGUACACUUCAUGACCAGAAAAGUGUGGCUAACGACGAACAAAAAAAGCCGGAAAUUAUUCGAUUCUAUAAUGCGACGAAAGGUGGUGUUGAUUCUCUAGAUAAACUCGUAGGCACUUAUCGCUGCAAACGCAAGGUGAAUCGUUGGCCAUUAGCCCUUUUCUGUAACAUCCUUGAUACUUCACCAUACAACAGUUUCGUAAUAUUUAUUCAUCUCAACGCAGAUUGGAAAUAUGAGAAAAAAAAAAAAACUCGUCCUCGAACACCAAAUGCAAAUGCUGUUAUAGAUGAAAUUCAGAAUAUUUCAUCAAGAUCAUCAUCACCAACGACAUCAACAUCAGCAGCGCCAACAUCAACGACAAACGCAUCGCGAAAAUCGAACUUACCAAAUUCCAAAAACUCACGCAUGCUCCGUCAGCAGGAAAACGAAGUCGUUGUGCACAUUGCGAAUACAAAAACAACAAAAAUUUAUACAGCAAUCGCUGUGAUAAGUGUAUAA